CUCAAACUAUUUUCAACUGAAAAGUCUGAAACCAUUUCCCCCCUGCUCCUUGAAUUGAAGAAAAAAAUAGUUAGCUCCUUUCUUGAGCUUUCGUUUCCAUUCUUCCUUAGGCUGCUUUUCGUGAAGAAUUAUUUAACGAAAUAGCUAUGGAAAUCUUAGCUAUGUCAAUGGGGAAAGUCACAAAUUGCUUGAUGCAGCCAGUGACGCGGGGGAUUGGGUAUAUCUUUAACUACAAAAGCAACAUCAGAUCUAUGGAUAAUGAAUCUCAGAAGCUGGAAAAAAUCAAAAGCGGAGUUCAACAAAGAGCGGAAGCUGCCCGGAGAAACUUACAAGUCAUUUCUCCCAAUAUUGAGGCUUGGUUAACUAGUGUUGAUACAACUACUGCAGAUGUGGAAGCUGUAACGCGAGGUAGAAUUGAGGUUGAAAGUGGUUGUUUCUAUGGUUGGUGUCCAAACUUGAAGUCACGUUAUUCGCUGAGUAGGAGAUCUAAGAGAAUUAAAUUAGCUGUGAUUAGUCUUCAAAUUGAAGGUAACAAUCAUGUUAAUUUCUCUUAUCCUGCACCACUUGAAGUUGAAAUUGAAGCUAUACCUAGAAACAGUUGUGAGGAGGAGUUUGACUCGAGAAAAUUGAAAGAGGAAGAGGUAAUGGAAGCUUUGAGAGAUGAGGAGGUUACUAUUAUUGGGAUAUGUGGUAUGGGUGGUAUCGGUAAAACGACAUUGACCGAGAAAAUUAGACAAAGGGCGAAGCAAGAAAAAUUGUUUGAUGAGGUUAUCAUGGUAACUGUCGGUCAGAAACCAAACUUCAAAAGAAUUCAAGAUGAAAUUGCAAGAGGAGUUGGUUUGACAUUAACAGAUGACAAUUUAUGGAGUCGUGGAGAUCAGUUGCGUGCAAGGUUAAUGGGUCAAGACAGUAUCCUUAUAAUCUUAGAUGAUGUAUGGGAGGUUCUUAAUCUUAACAAACUUGGAAUUUCCAGUGGUAGCAAUCACAACUGUCAGUGCAAAGUGAACUUGACUACACGUCUCCGAAAUGUUUGUGAAACAAUGGAGGCUCGAAAGAUCAUAGAAAUUGGAAUCUUAUCUGAAAAGGAAGCAUGGUUCCUUUUUAGGCAAAAAGCUGGUAAUUCAGUUGAUGAUCUUUCUCUUAAUCACAUAGCAAAAAAUGUUGUGAAAGAAUGCAUGGGGUUGCCGCUUGCAAUUAUUACAGUUGCUGGUGCGCUAAAGAAUAAAAGGAAGCCUUCAUGGGAGGAUGCCCUUGUACAAUUACAAAGAUCUGCACCAAAAAAUAUUCCAGGAGUGCUUACAUAUGUAUAUCAACCUCUGAAGCUGAGUUAUGAUCACUUAGAAAGUGAUGAAGCCAGGUACUUCUUUUUGUUUUGUUGCUUGUUUGAGGAAGAUAGGGAUAUUUGGCCUGAAGAGUUACUUCGAUAUGGAAUGGGGCUUAGCAUGUUUUCUGAAAUUAAAAAUAUUGUAGAAGCUAGAAAGAGGGUGUGUCAUUUGUUAGAAACAUUGAAAGAGAGUUUCUUGUUAUCCGAAGGCUCCUCUGGAGGUUACGCCAAAAUGCAUGAUGUGGUCCGUGACGUGGCUAUAUAUAUUGCCUCUGAGGGAAAGCAUAUUUUUAUGGUAAGUCAUGACGUGAACUCCGAAGAGUUCCCAAGAAGAACUUCUUAUGAGCCAUACAGUCACAUGUCAAUUGUCACAAAAGGAUUCAAUGAUCUUCCUAAACCAAUAUUUUGCCCAAGACUCGAGUUUCUAAUGUUGAAAUUCGUUGAAAAGCCAAAUAAAUUACAACAUGAUUAUUUUAUUGGGAUGAGCAAACUCAAUGUCUUAACCCUGAGGAGAGAUAGAUAUAAGGAUUCCAUUUUUCCUUUUCCCUCAUCGGUUCAGAGGUUGUCAAAUUUGCGGACGCUAUCUCUGAUUAAUUUAAGGUUGGAUGACAUAUCUGUUAUUGGUGGACUUGCCACAUUAGAAGUUCUCAGCAUCAGAGAUUCUCACAUAAAAGAGCUUCCAAUGGAGAUAGGAAACUUGGUCAAUCUAAUUAUGUUCGAGUUUUGGAAUGAGCAAGGAGAACUUAUAAGGAUUUCACCAGGGAUCUUAUCCAGGCUAGUUCGAUUGGAGGAACUACAUAUGGUGGGAGUAGAACGUUGUAGUUACUCCACCUUGAGGGAGCUCGAAUCCUUAUUUGAAUUGACUUCACUAACAUUGUUCUCAUGUUCUGGAGAUGUGAUCUACAGUAACUUAGGCCUUUCCUCCAAGUUGACACAGUAUGCUCUAAAAGUGGGACAACAAGGCCGUCGUUGCCUCGAUACCUCACUCAUGGAUAACUACUACGAUAGGAUUAUGGAUCUCAAGGUCACUGAGAGCACCCCGUUGGCUGAUUGGAUCUGCCACAUGUUGAGGAAGAGCGAACUUGUCCAUUCAAACGGAAAUGGCUCCAAUAAUGUGCUGACAGAGUUGCUGGUCGAUAAAUUUCAGAACGUGAAAGAUCUCCGUCUGGCUGUUUGUGAUUCAUUGACACAUUUACUGAGUAUUCACUGUCAGAAUGAUAUUCCAUUCUCCAAACUCGAAAGACUGGAGGUAACUAGAUUUUGUAGUCUACAGUAUCUUUUUUACCUGUCCUUGGCUGCAGGAAGUUCGUCAAACUCGACAGUAGCUUGCCCCGAUAAUGAGGAAGAGGAUCAAAUAAUAAAGUUCCCCAAUUUAUAUUACAUAAAGCUUCAAUUUCUGGAAUGCUUCACUCACUUUUGCAGUGACACUGUUGAGGGCAUUGAGUUCCCUCAGUUACAAAACAUGUGCCUCUAUGAGUUACCUCAGUUUCAAAAUUUUUGGCCUCCAGACAACAACUCUAUCAAUGACUCAAAUCCUCUUUUUGAUGAAAAGGUUUCUUGUCCCAAUCUGGAAGAGCUAUGUAUCAGUAGGGCUGACAGCAUAACUGCUCUAUUCUCUCACCAACUUCCAACUAGCUUCUUUAACAAACUUAAAGAAUUGGAAGUAUGGAAGUGCGAAAAAUUAAGAAACUUGAUGUCUCCAUCAGUGGCCAGAGGUAUCCUGAAUCUCCGAAUAUUAAAGAUAGGUGCCUCUCCAUCAAUGGAGCAAGUGAUCACGGAAGAGGAACAACGAGGAGAAGAAAUGACUAACGAUCCCUUAUUUCCCCUAUUGGAAGAGCUGGUGCUCUACGAGCUACCAAAGCUGGGACAUUUCUUUCAGACGAAGCAUGCUCUUGAAUUUCCAUUCCUCAGAGAAGUGGAAAUUAGAAACUGCCCUGAAAUGAAGACGUUUAUUCAUCUGGGAUCUGUGAGUACACCGAGUCUGAAAAGUCUGGUUGUAGAAAAACCAAUCAUUGGAGGUGUUGAGGUGAAAGAUGGUCUCAAUGCAGUUAUACAAAAUAUCUUCAAUUCUAAGGAACAAGAAACUAACUAGGGAUGGCAGCGGCUAGUGUUGUCUAUGAAUCCGAAGCUUGGAUUGUAAUGAGUACGAUUAUGUGUGCAAGUUCACUCAACAUCACUUGAUAUCUAUGUUGAUAGAGGUAACAAGGAAAGGAUGAUCUACAUUUGUAACCUAUUGGUUCACCUGGUCCGAUCUGUAUUAGUAAUAUCUAUAAAAUACUAGUUGACUCUGCGUUAUUAUUGCAUAUUAUUUUGAAUUCGCCUCUCAUAAGUCAUACCUAACAUCUAAUAUAUAGAUUUAUUUUCUUGUGUC